AUGGCGCCCUCGGCAAUUGACCCUCCCACAACUACAACUCUUCCCUCCUCCGUCGCCAGCUACCGCGGUUACGACCACGUCCACUGGUACGUCGGCAACGCCAAACAAGCGGCCUCCUACUACAUCACCCGCAUGGGCUUCAAGCGCGUUGCCUACCGCGGCCUCGAGACAAACUCCCGUGCCAUCUGCUCUCACGUCAUCCGUAACGGAGACAUUACUUUCGUGCUCACCUCGCCCCUCCGCUCGCUAGACCAGAUCUCCCGGUUCACGCCCGAAGAGCAGGACCUCCUAAAGGAGAUCCACUACCACCUCGAGCAGCACGGAGACGCAGUCAAGGACGUUGCGUUUGAGGUUGACUCUGUCGAGGCGGUAUUUGGUGCUGCGGUGGCGAAUGGGGCCAAAGUCGUGAAGAACCCAAGCACGCUGGAGGAUGAGAGCGGGAAGGUGACGACGGCGACGAUCCAGACGUAUGGUCAGACGACACAUACGCUUGUUGAACGGGGUGCAUACAGGGGGGUGUUCUUGCCUGGGUACCGGGUGGAUACUGGUCUUGAGGAUCCGAUCACGUCUCUGCUGCCGGACGUGCUGUUGAACCGGAUUGACCACUGCGUUGGAAACCAGGAUUGGGAUGAGAUGGAUAAGAUCUGCGAGUACUACGAGAAAGCCCUCGGAUUCCACCGCUUCUGGUCUGUGGACGACAAGCAGAUCUGCACGGAGUUCUCAGCCCUAAAGAGCAUCGUCAUGUCCUCUCCCAACGAGAUCGUCAAAAUGCCCAUCAACGAGCCAGCAAAGGGCAAGAAGCAGUCACAGAUUGAGGAAUAUGUAGACUUCUAUAACGGCGCGGGCGUGCAGCACAUCGCCCUCCUAACUGACGACAUCAUUCGCGACAUCACAAACCUCAAGGCGCGUGGGGUGGAGUUCAUCAAGGUCCCUGAUACAUACUACGAGGAUAUCAAAGUUAGGCUGAAGAAGGCUGGACUCACUCUGCACGAGGACUUCGACACCAUUCGCGCCUUGGAUAUUUUGAUCGAUUUCGACGAGAACGGGUAUUUGUUGCAGUUGUUCACUAAGCACCUCAUGGACCGCCCAACCGUCUUCAUUGAGAUUAUUCAACGGCACAAUUUCUCUGGCUUUGGCGCUGGAAACUUCAAGUCGCUGUUUGAGGCCAUCGAGAGGGAGCAGGCGCUGCGGGGGAAUCUUGUGUAA